AUACGGUGCCGGCGCUGUGCAUUGUGGGACACAGAGUAAGAUGGAGGCGGCCACUAAGAGCAUGUUGAAGCCUCAAUAACAUCUAUUUGCAAGUGUUUUUUAUCUCCAUUUACGGCUUUAAUGUAUGCUUCGUUGUGUUAAUAAUUAAACAUUUAGGAGGCAGAAGAUCUCAGCUGGACGUUGAAACUGAAAUCAUGUCUGUACUGGGGGGGUUACUGAAAGCUGGAGCGUCCUUCUGUCAGACAGCCAGGACCAUUUCUACUGGGGCAUGCUGUCAGAUCAGGAUGCAUUGCAUCCCUCAGCUGAAGAAGGUGGACAGGUGGACUGAGAAGAGGAGUAUGUUUGGAGUUUAUGAUAACAUAGGCAUCUUAGGAGAAUUUAAAGCUCACCCCAAAGACGUCAUCAUUGCUCCAUGCUGGGUGAAGGCUUUCAAUGGCAACGAACUGCAGCGUCUCACGAGAAAGAAGAAGAUGGUGGGAGACCGAAUGCUGACGCUAAACAAACACAACUUGGAGAAGAGGAUAAGCUUCCUCUACAAGCGAUAUAACCGCUACGGCAAAUACCGUUAAACAAACCAUGCUGGCAAAUGCAUCUGACCAGCCAAGAAGAACAGUCGGUGUGACGUCGUGCUGUUGACAUUUUUUCUAAGUUAUAUUCAUGUGAAGAGAACGUGUGUUCCAGAGCAGCAUAUUUCCUGUACUUGUUUAUUAAUGAUUUUGCUGUCAAACACAGAAUACACGAUAUAAAAGCCUGAAAAUGGACUCGUUUUAUUCCCUACAAACGCCGUCUGCUGUCGGACGGCAACUAGUGUGUUGCUUUUGUUCUGUAGUUUGACAAAUACCACGAUUGUGUUGAAGCCAGAGGUCAAAGGUCAGCACUGGAGCUCAGGAUGAACCAAUAAAAGAAUGAAUAAA